AUGGGCUAUGAUGCUUCAGACAUUGAAUGUAUUGGCCUUACCAACCAAAGAGAAACACUCAUCACUUGGGAUGCUCUUACAGGCCAUCCUUUGUAUCCUGCUAUUAUUUGGAGUGAUGCACGUACCAUUGAGACUGUGGAAGAACUUGCCAAGAAGUCUGAUAAAGGUGUUGAUGCUUUAAGAGAUGUGUGUGGUUUACCCUUAACGACAUACUUCACUGGUGUGAAACUUCGCUGGCUUCUAGACAAUGUUCCCGUUGUGUCACAGGCUCGAAACCAAAACAGACUUCGUGUUGGUACUGUGGACACUUGGUUGAUUUAUAAUCUUACUGGUGGUUUAGAUCAUGGUGGAGUUAUCGUCACUGAUGUCACCAAUGCCAGCAGAACCAUGUUGAUGGACAUCAACACACUCAAUUGGAGCCCUAAAUCCAUUGAAUUCUUUGGAUUCGAACAAGUCUUAUUACCCAGAAUUGUUUCAUCUUCUGAAGUGUAUGGUACCCUAUCAGAAGGCUCGCUUAAGGGUGUCCCUAUCGCAGGCUGCUUAGGUGAUCAACAAGCUGCUCUUGUUGGCCAGCAAUGUUUCCAAGUAGGCGAUGCUAAAAACACAUACGGCACUGGUUGUUUCAUGUUAUUCAAUACCGGCUCUAAACCCGUACAUUCCAAAAAUGGUCUUUUGACGACCGUGGCCUACAAAUUUGGAGAUGCCCAACCCGCUUAUGCUCUAGAAGGUUCUGUUGCUGUUGCUGGUUCAUCCAUCAACUGGCUUCGUGACAAUCUUGGUGUGAUUGCAAACACGACCGAACUCAACGAAUUGGCUUCUAAGGUGACUUCUACCAGUGGUGUCUAUUUUGUCACUGCCUUUGCUGGUCUCUUUGCUCCCUAUUGGCGAUCAGAUGCUCGGGGCACUCUUUGUGGUAUCACACACUUUACGAAACUUGAACAUAUCUGUCGUGCUACCUUGGAGGCUGUAUGUUAUCAGUCGCGUGCGAUUCUGGAAGCCAUGAAUAUGGAUGCUCAAUCGCCUCUUCGAUCCCUCAAGGUCGAUGGUGGCAUGUCAAAUUCUGACUUGGCUAUGCAAAUUCAAGCUGAUGUCUUGGGUAUUCAAGUAGACCGUCCUUUGAUGCGUGAGACAACAGCCCUUGGGUCUGCUAUUGCUGCUGGUUUUGCCAUGGGUAUCUGGAAAUCAUGGGAAGAAUUAUCAGAAAUCAACAAAGAAGGCAGAACUUAUUUCGAAAGCAAGAUUUCUGAUAAAAGACGCAAGAAAAUGGUCAAUGGCUGGGAACAAGCUGUGAAACGUUCUUAUGGUUGGGCCAAUGCAAAGACAACUGCACCUACUCAUGAUACUGUUGUUGUUGAAGCUUAG